AUGGCGCAGGGACUCCGCUGUGCUUGGGAGGUGGGGAUUCGGAAGGCUAUCCUCCAAACAGACUCCAAAAUUGCUAUCCAUCUCCUAGAGUCGGCAGCAACUACUCAUCCUCAUUUUACGACCGUGUCGGAGAUCAGGCACCUUCUACAGCGAGAUUGGCAGGUACGGAUCGAGCAUGUCUUCAGGGAGGGGAAUGUGGUGGCGGAUUACCUUGCUUCAACGGGACAUUCCAGUUCUCCGGGAGUGCACAUUAUCAAUCAACCUAGUAGCAUGCUCAACUAUUGGCUCCUGUUCGAUCAGUUAGGGGUUGAGACCCCUCGUUUUGUACCUACUUGA